GAUACUGUCAGAUCUCAAUCCAUUUUUGUCAAUAUUAUUUUGUUUUUUGUGCAACUUUUUUCGAUCUCAUUAUUUAUUUGAGUAAAUUUAGAACAUUUUACUCACAAUGUUCAAAGUAUUAAAUUCAAUAAAAAGAAGUCAGGAGCUCGUCCACAGUUCGUUGAUGGCUCUGAAUCAAACAAGACAUGGAGUGAUAGACCAGUUACGGCAAGUGUACGGAGAUCAACAUCAUCCUCUAUUAGAGGAAACUGCAGCAGCAUACGAUAAUAAUGUUAACAUUCAAAUAAGAGAGCUGGUACUCCUGUUGAUAUCUAAAAUCACCCACGAAUAUCAACGUGAUCCUAAAGCAGAAUCACCUCUUAUUGAUCACCAAGAGAUUGUGCAUAAACAAUUAAUUUUAACCGAGAUUAUUGAAUUAAUUUAUAAGACAAAUUUACUACACAAAUCUAUUGCAAAUCAUCGAGUUGGUACAUCAAGGUUAAGACCUGAAGAUUGGAAUAUUCAUUACAACAACAAAUUGGCAAUACUUUUUGGAGAUUAUUAUGUUGCCCGGGCUUGGGCUUCUCUCGGACGACUUCGGUCAAUUGAUGUGAAUCUUUUGAUGUCCCAAGGUAUCAGUGAUUUUACUGAAGGACAAUUUAUUAUGCAAACUGAUGUUCAAUUACCAGUUACUCCGAUCCAAUCAUUAACCUUAAAAGCAAAAGACAACCCAAUCAAAGAUUGGGAGAGACGGCAUUAUCUUAUGCAUGCAAGUUUACCUGGACAUGCUUGUCAGUCAAUUAGUACAGUUGCUGGAUUAAAUUUAUUCCUCCAAGAGGCUGCUUUUAAAUUUGGUAAAAAUUUUAGUUUCUGUUGGCAGAUACUAACAGAAAUGGAACCAUUUCUAUCUAAUUUACAUUCUUCAUAUUCAAAAUCUUCUGAACUAGUCAUAGAUCUCAAAUCACUACCAGUUUUACUUCAUGUCCAAGAAUCAAUCAACAAACCUGUUGAGAAACUUUUUCUUGACUCUAGCUCAAACAAUCGUGGAACGUUGAAUGUUAUUGAAUUGUAUAAAUCCAUUACUGGAGGAUUAAUCAUCGAACAGAUACGCGAAAUCAAGAAUCGCUAUGCCGAUGAGGCAUUAAAUGCAAUCGAAUGUUUUACAAAGUGUAAUGCUUCAAGUGCCUUGAUAGAUAUUUUAAAUGUAAUAAAGGAAUCAUAGUUUAAAACACUCAACUGCUCAAAAAUUACAAAUAUGUAAAAUAGUGCGAACAUGAAUAAAUAGUGAAAAUAAAUUUGUUAA